AUUGGCCCAUUUUGGUGACUUCAAAGCCGCCUCGACCAUGAGCAAGGAAGGAACGACAGACGCGACGGCAAUCGCCGUGGGUACUAUUGCAGCAGUGUUGUUGGUCUUCUUCAUCAUCCGCUCCAGGAGCACUGGCGCCUUGAACGCCCUGAAGGAACCCGCGGCGAAACCAGAGUACUUGACGCGCGAAUUGAAGGCGUACACGCGAGCUGAAGUUGCCAAGCACAACACGGAAAAGGACGCGUGGAUCAUAGUCAAGAACAAGGUGUACAACAUAACAGAAUACGUGGAGGACCACCCUGGCGGGAUGACCAUUCUCAACGACGUCGGAGGGGACGCGACGGUGGGUUUCUAUGGCCCCCAGCACCCCCCUACAGUAGCAGAACACAUCGAAGAGUAUCGUAUUGGAGACUUGUCCGACUAGACGACGUUCAUCCGAGCUACUGCAAGUGGACGAUGCCUACUUUGUGCGUGCUGUGAGCAACGGUGUUGCGAUGUGGGGUCUACCUGUUGUAAUAUGAGGUCAACGAAGUUGUUUCAAUUGACUGUGAAAUGACACAUUCCCGACGACAGUUGAACAUGGUAAUGCAAUCAAUCAUCGACCAAGCUACUGCCGUAGUUUGC